AUGAUGAAGAAUGCCCUCUUUCUGGCACUGCUAUACCUGCUCCAGACUGCCAACGGAGCUUCCUAUUUCGGGGACAGCUACUGUCGAAUAGAUGCCAUUCAGGAUCUGGCAAGUUUUCAAGUGUCGCUCCAAUUUAAAACAAGCAGACGUAGUGGCCUGCUCCUACUGGCGGCGGGACACAGAGAUUACCUCUUGCUGGAGCUCUACAAUGGCAAAUUACAGUCUAGGAUUGACAUGGGAUCUGGAGAAAAGGUUCUCUCCUCCAGCAUGGGUCUCCAGCUCAGUAACCUUCUGGACCAUCAUGUGUCUCUCAUUCUGAAAGACUCCAAACUUACUAUGGCUGUGGACAACCUGUACACAACCUUCAUUCCAGUGGAGGAUGCAGAUGAGGACCUGAACAUCGACCAGGGCGUGUUCCUUGGAGGCGUGAGGGACCUGGAAGUGGAGUACCUGAGCACAGCUGUUCCCUCCCUGCGUGGCUGCAUGAGCAAUAUUAUGUUUGAGUCUCGUGACUUUGAUAUUCUGGCUUCAGCAGCUACAGUCUGCUAUGACACCAAGGAGAGCUGCAGCAGUGAGUUUGAGGCAGGGGAUGGAGACACCACAAGCUUUAUCAGUCCAGAAUCAUUCAUCUCUUUCCCUACCUGGACCAGACUUAGCACAGGCUCCCGUAGCCUGGAGAUGCUAAUGAAGACGACCAUUGAGGAUGCUCUGUUGCUCUUCCACCCAGGACAUCAGGCAGACUUCAUUGCAAUCGGAAUGGCAGGAGGGUUCCUAAAAGGUGUAAUGGAUCUGGGAAGUGGAAUGUAUGUGCUAGACAAUGUGGAAGUGAAAGUGGAUGACGAUCAGUGGCACAGAGUUAAAGUUCAGAUUGACCCCAAUGAGUUCCAGAUAAAUGUGGACAGUCAAAUGGUUUCACUCCCUCUUAAUGAGACGGAAAAGCUGGAUCUAGUAGGGAACCUGUACCUGGGAGGCAUUCAAAGGAAGAUGAAGGAUGUGUUUCAAGAUUAUUUGACUCGUGUGGAGGAGGAGGUCACAUCGGAGUCCUUUAUUGGAUGUUUAGGAGAAAUCAAGGUGAAUCAGAAGGGCAGAAGCCUGCAGGAUGCUCUGAUAACUAAAGACAUUCAUGUGAAAUGUGAAGGAGAAUAUGAUUACUCCACUUAUGAUGAGGAUUUGGAGUUAACAACUACACCUCCAGUAAGAAUCACAUACAUUAAUGUCAAUACUGAUGAAAGACACUGUUUUCAUACAGAGAACUUGCCAGAGAUGUUCCGCAAUAUUUCCAAGCUCCUGGACAUCAAUCCUCUGCUGGUUCCGGAGGGAGGAGAGGCCUUCAUCGACAUUGUAAACCUAAACCCAACAUUUAACCUAAAAGCUGCAGGUGUUCGUGAAUCUGAGAUCAUCUUUACUCUGCUAAACAAUCCCUGGUAUGGACUGGUUGAUAUGAAUUUAAGACACACAAGGGUACAGAAGUUUACCCUUCUGGAUGUUGUCAACAAGAAAAUCAAGUAUCUUCAUGAUGGCAAUGAAAAGUAUGGAGAUCUAAUCCAGCUGGAGGUGACUGCACAUGGAACGAAUCUCCCAGAGUGCUUGAGUGCUGCACGCCAGUAUGUGCUACCAGUGGAAAUAAUCCCAGUCAAUGACAUCCCUCAGCUCAGUGCAGGUGAUAUCUCAAUCACAGCUAAUGGUCGCACACGUUUGAGCCCAAACCUCAUCAAAAUCUCAGACUCGGACAAUCGUUGUAAUGAACUCAAGGUCACAGUCACAUCGGACCCUACUGCUGCUGGAUAUCUGGAGAAUGCUCAACAGCCAGGAUUUGAUCUAAGAGAGUUCACUUGUAGACAACUGAAAGAAGGAAAUAUCUACUAUGUGCACAGGGGAGGAGAAGUGACGGAACUUACCCUGCAGGUCUCAGAUGGAGAUUUGGUUAGCCAGUCAAGCACAUUUAAGUUGCUUAUCACCCAGCCACAGAUGACUUUAGUCACAAAUACUGGCCUUCUGAUCACCCAGGAUGACAGCACCCCAAUUGGAAUACAAAAUCUGGCCAUUUCUGCAACUCCAACAACUGGAGACGUUGAGUAUAAUGUCACUCAGCCACUUCAGUUUGGAGAACUGCAGUUGAUCUCAGACAAUGGGGUACCAAAAAGAGUCACACUAUUUCAUCAGUCUGAUCUGGAGCAGAACCGACUGAAAUACGUUCCCAACCUCACAGCUGAUCUCAAGGGGACAGAAACAGAGUUUAUUCACUUCAAUGCACAGCUUGGACAGGUCAUCCUCCCAGACAACUUAUUUAUCAUUAAUAUCAUGCCUGCCCUUAUAGGAAUAGGUAAAAGGGUUCCUCUGGAAGUUGAAGGUGGGCAGCAAAAGGUCAUUAAACCUGAACAACUACAAGAUUUUGUGAGGGAAAGCAAAAUUGAUUCAAGAUCAGUCCAGUACAUGAUUACAAAAAGCCCAGUCCAGGGAGUCUUGAUGAUGCUUGAUAAAGAGUUGUCUGAUGGUGAUACCUUCACCCAACAAGACAUUUUGAAUGGUUUCAUCAGUUACAGCCCUCGUGUCCAUAGAGCAGUUGACUUUGAGGAUCAGUUCCACUUAAAAGUAUUCGCAGAGGAUCAGUACUCCAGAGUAUACACCUUUCCAGUUAAAAUCAAGGCUCAUUCUGAUGCUCCUGUCCUAAUCAAUGAGAGACUUGUUGUGCUGGAAGGAAAUGAAAACAUCAUAAAUAAAGAAUAUCUCUGGGUACAAACCUCCACCUCAACAGACUUUGUGUACAGGAUAGUACAAGAUCCCAAACAUGGUCGUCUUUUUAGAGACUCUCCACCAGGUAUGCAAAGGUUUGAUGGUGCAAUUCAAGUCUUUAGCAAUGAGGAUCUCUCUUUGAACAGGAUGGUCUACAAGCAUGACGGAUCAGAAACAAGUCAUGACCAGUUUACCUUUCUGGCAUUUGAUUCAAGAGGUGGUAAUGGUUGGCAAGAUGAGGGUCAUGAGGUACUGAGGGGAGUGUUUAACAUUGCAAUACAAUCCAGGAAUGACUACGUACCUCAAAGGGUAAUCCACAAACCUUUUAAUGUUGUCAGAAAUGGCCAUCGUUUAUUGACCACUGAUGACAUUCUAUUCAAAGAUGAUGACUCUGACUUUAAUGACACCCAGCUGGUUUAUGUGAGAGUGGGAAUUCUUUCAGGAAAUAUUGUCUCUGCAGUAGAUCCAUCGCAACCGCUCUUCCGCUUUACCCAGGCUGACCUGAGGGACAGGAAGGUUCUGUUUGUCCACCAUGGUGCAGACCAUGAGCGAUUCCAACUUCAAGUAUCUGAUGGUUUACAUAAGACAACAGCUGUACUUCAAGUGCAAGCAGGUGACCCUUAUCUACGUAUAGCCAACAAUACCAUGGUGGUCAUGGACCAUGGUAGCACCAAGACACUGAACACCAGUCUGCUAAGUGCAGAGACCAACAUGGACAUUAGAAGUGCAGCUGAGAUCAUUUAUGAUGUGACUUCUCCUCCCAGUGAUGGUAGGAUUAUAGUCAGUGGAACUGAAUCUUCCAAAUUUACACAAGAGGACCUGACUAAGGGUGUGGUCUCCUACGAACACAAUGACCAGAGCCUUAGCUCGAAAGAUUCCUUUGCCUUCACUGUGCAAGCGAAGGGUUGGUCCACGGAGGGCACUUUCAGGAUUAAGAUAUUCAAGAAAGGUUACCUGCCACAGCCACUGGUUGUGUCGAACAUGGUGAUCCUUGCCUAUGAAGGAGAGCAUUCUGUUAUUGACGCAAGUCACCUGGAGGUGAUGCAAAGAGACAUCCUGCCCACAGAGAUGGUGUACUCUGUCAAAGACUUUCCACGGCUGGGUCAUGUAGUCAAGCUUAACAACGACUCAGACAGUAUGGCAUCACCCGUGCUGGACUACAUUCAGUCUUUCACACAAGAGGACAUAAACCUGGGUAGAAUCUUUUACGUCUCCGCUUCCCUUCAGGGCCAGGACCACUUUAUCGUUGAUGUCAGCAAUGGCUUCACUACCAUAGAAGAUCUAGAGGUGCAGGUGGUCAUUGUUCCACGCAUCAUACCCAUCCAGGUGGUCAACCUCACAGUGAGGGAGGGUGGAUCUGUGGCGCUGACCCAAGAGGUUCUGAAUAUCACACACCAGUUCUACCGUUCCAAGAACAUUGACUUUUUUAUGGAGGAAGCACCUCAGCAUGGAGAUAUUAAGUAUCUGGAUGAAGAAGAUGGACUUGACACCUUCACCUGGGAGGAUGUGACGUCUUCACAACAUGGCGACGGCAGUGUCAGCAACAAUAAAGUUACGCCUUCUUUCUUAACCAUCGGCAUCACCAUCCUCCCUGUGAAUGACGAACCGCCCCACAUUCAACGCAACACCGGAAUGGAGCUUCUAGCUGGCGAGGAGUCUGAAAUCACAGCCAAUAUGCUGAGCAGCGAUGAUCUUGACACCCCUCCAGAGGAGUUGGUGUAUGCUAUCGAGAUGCCCAGCAAUGGGAUCGUUGCCUUUAAAGUGUCUCGAGAUGACAGCGUGGACAGUUUCACCCAGGCUCAGAUUAAUAAUGGAGCUGUACUUUGAUAUCACUCAGGCUCAGAAUCUGGUGGGUUCAGCUUCACCGUGACUGAUGGAGAACACACUUCACCUCUCAACCACUUCGCUGUCAAGGCAAGGCAGCUCACCAUCUCCAUGGAAACGGAGGGGGAACUCAUGGUCUUCCCAGGCACCAGGCAGGUGAUCAGUGGAGAUAUUUUACGGGCCAUAACAAGUGAAGACGGUGAUGAAAUCACAUACUCACUUGUGAAACCUCCUCGCUUGGGACGAAUAAUCAAACCUAACCAGCGUGGACAGUUUGAGGAGAUCAACAAAUUCACACAGACAGAGUUGGAUGCAGGUGCCGUGUAUUAUGAGCAUCAGAUGCCGUCUGAGCCCUUCUGGGUCCUGAAAGAUUCUGUUGAGCUGGCCCUCAUAUCGCCCCCAGCAACAGAGCUGCAUCACAGCCUGCCAGUGACUGUGUCAUACUACGCAGCCAAUCGAAACGUGUCGUCUCAGCUCUGGAAGAACAAAGGUGUGUCCGUGGUGCAGGGUCAGUCUAAAGUGAUUGACAGCUCUGUUUUGGAUGCUUCUAACCUGCUGGCCAGUUUGCCUGAGCAGAAGCGAGCGGGGCAGGACAUUGUCUAUGAAGUGCGUUGGUUCCCCAUUCAUGGACGACUCACUCUCGGGGGGUCUGAUCUGUCUCGCGAUGCUCCCCAUUUUCUGCAGGAUGAUGUGGCACGUGGUGAUCUGGAGUACAAUCAAGAUGACUCUGGAUCAUCUUCUGAUAGCUUCUCUUUCCGGGUCCAUCUGAACCCCAGUGGCCGCAGUCCACAGGUCCAGCCCGGUGCCGUGGUUCUGGAGGAGAUCUUCCUGAUCUCCAUCAGACGGCGAGACUCAAACCCACCAGAACUUGUAAGCUUGGACCUGCUCCUGGAAGCACUGCAGGGCUCCACGACCAUCAUCUCCAAAAAUUACCUCAACACGGUUGACCAGGACAGCACACCGGAUGAGGUCCGAUUUACCAUCUCCAAGAGUCCAGCUAAUGGAUAUGUCAUCUACACCGAUUCCGGAGACCGGAUUAUCCAAUUCAGCCAGGAAGACAUCAACACUGGGCGGGUUGCUUUUGUUAGUGAUGGAAGUCUGUCCGAUGGUUUCAUGGAAUUUACAGUGUCUGAUGGGAAACACCAAACAGACCCAUGCACACUGCAUAUUGGAAUCCUGGCCAAGUCUCUGAUACUGAAUAAAGCUCCAGAGAUUCAUAUAAGGCAGGGAGAUGACGAGACUCUAAUCACAGAGGACAUGCUGAGCACCUCCACUGGGGGUCCGGUCGAGGAGGAUGUACUCUAUAAGAUCACCAAUGUCCCGAAAUACGCAGCCGUAAUGGUGGACAGACAGCCCACAUCGGCUUUCACGCAGAAGCAGAUCAAACAGGGAAGAGUGAGUGUCCGUUUCGUUAAGUCCACAUCACCGAGAGAUAGCGUUGCCUUUGUGGCCCGAAGCAGGGCGGCAAAUGUGUCCUCUGUCCUCAACAUUACCGUGAAACCACUGGCGAAGGUGGCCCAGAACCCCCUGCUCCCCAGAGGUGCUACUGUACUCGUAGACAGAAAGUUGUUGGACGCUACACCUCUAGCCAACAAGACCAGAACAUCUCCAACUUUCAGCAUGAUCCAACAACCUCAAGGAGCUCGGUUCAUCAAGAGGGGUGGGCUAGAUGAUGGCCAGCCAGUGAGUUCCUUCACCCAACAAGACCUGGAUGAAGGUCGGGUAGCUCUGGUGAUCUUAAACACAACUGGGGCUCAAAACACUGGAAGUCAAAGUCAAGAUGAAGCACACUUCCUCCUAAAAGCACACGGCGUUCCUCCUGCAGAGUGCGUCUUGCCCUUCCAUGUGGUCCCCUACGACCCUUCCAAAGUUUAUGGUGCUACAAUGCUCAAAGUGCCACCGGUGUCCACUUCUGAUAAGAGUGAUCCAGGUCAACCAGAGCCCAGGUGGAGAGAUGGUAACGUGGCUUCUGGCAGCACUACAGCGACUCCUGUGGUAUCUAGACGAAAUACACUGUGGGCUAUACUUAUUCCCAUCCUCGUCAUCCUCCUACUCAUGCUCCUGGCUGCACUGCUGGCCUACUACUUGGUCCGACGCAACAAAACCGGAAAGCACAACGUCCAAACAGUGGCGGCAAAGCCGAAGAAUGGAGAAGUCAGUCAGGAGACUUUCAGGAAAACCGAUCCUGCAAACAACAUCCCCAUGUCAAACAUGGACUCCAAAGGGGCAGAUCCUGAAUUAAUACAGCACUGUCGGACAACAAACCCAGCACUGAAAAAGAACCAGUACUGGGUUUGAGAUGGGGAGGCGACCGGACAAUUGUGUUUUCAAUGCCUUGAAUCAUUCCAGUCAGUGUUAUACAGUUUUCUUGCCAUUAUUGAUGCUUUUAAAGUCCAGCACAUAUCUGAGUUUAGGGUUUCUUAGAAGGCACAGCAAAAUCUGUGUGCGUGCUGAUGUUCUAAUAGUCACAUGGUCAUUUCUCAAAUGAGGCUGAAUUAACCAACUUUUAAGGUACUUUUGGACAAGAACAUAAUAUGUUAUGUUUGAACAAUCCUUUGUAUGUAUG